GGGUGAGAAAAGUGACACGCGACUCUGGGAGCAGCACUCGUCGACGACCGCUCGACUGCUUCUGCCCAUCAGUCAUCAUCCGCCUCCCCUGCGACCGAUGGCGUUGCCCUUUGCCGUCCCCGAUGCCAGACGCAUACGCAGCUACUUCGUCCGCCUGCCGCUCGCAACGCGCCUAAUCUUCCUCCUUCUCACGGCCUUUUACAUCGGCCGCCUCAUCUAUCCCGGCUUGGACGAAUGGGGUGCGCUCAUCCCGAAUAAAAUCAACCUCAACACUCUAUACCGCCUCAACACCUACCCCUUCCUGCACCGCAGCAUCUUCCACUACCUCCUCAACACCAUCACCCUCAUCCCCCUCCUCGAGCGCUUCGAAGCCGAGUUCGGCACCCUCGUCACCAUCCUCCUCUUCUCCGGCCCCUUCGGCCUGCUCCCCGGCGGCCUCUACACGCUGCUCGAACGCUACAUCUUCCGGCUGAACGGCGCGGCCGUCGGCGCCAGCGUCUGGGUCUUCCUGCUGCUCGCCCACGAAGCGAUCAAGCAGUACCGCAUCAACCCGCACUUCGCCAUCCGCGAAUACCGCAUCCCCACCUGGACCACGCCGCUCAUCUUCAUCCUCGUCGUCAGCUUUCUCAUCCCGCACACCAGCUUCCUCGGGCACUUGUGCGGCGCGGCGGUCGGGUAUCUGUGGGGCUUGGGGUAUAUUCGCUUCCUGGCGCCGCCGGACAAGAUUCUGAGGUGGAUUGAGGGGAAGCUGGACCUGCUGGGCAGAGUGCCGCAUUAUGUGAGCGUGGAUCAGAAAAUGUAUGGGCGGUAUGGCGUGCUUCCGAGUACGAAUAGUGGGAGAGUUGGAAAUGGAUAUGGGGCAUUCUCGCCGCCUAAUGGUGUGGCAUUAGGUCCGAUAGGGAGUACGCAAAGGCUUGGGCCUUGAUAUGAGCUAUGGUUCUGGCUCCUGAUGACAUUUCAGUGUUUCAUGUUCAAGCAUUUCGAGGCGUUCGGGUGCGCGCAUAGCAUAAGGAAAGCUAUUGAGGCUUGGGGCAGGUGGGCGG